UUGGUUUUGAAAUGCUGAUGGAUAGUUAUUAAACAAUAGAGGGAGAAAGAUACAGGCUAUAUGAGGGCAUGUGUGAUCAGAUCAAACGUAGCGGCAUGGAUCUGUUUAAGUGGUCAUUAUCCCUUCACUAACACAUGGAUGUGACUGAAGAACAGACAAUAGUGGACCAACAAACAUCUGGACCUCUGUUAGACUCGCAUACGCCACGCAUACUGGCACUAUUCCAGGAGGCACCCUGUCCUCAAGACACCUCAGGCAUGAGUACCAGUGGGAACAGGUAUGCAACAGCGUCCAAAUGGUUUGCUUCAGACAUCUUCAUCAUCUUUGUGGUGGUUCUGUUACUCGUCCUCCUGGUGCUGGGAGCAGUGUGCUGCUGGUUCGUCAGACGCAAUAGAACCCAGAGGGCUACAGCAAUGAAAUUGACUGAAAUAGAGAUAAUCUCAGCAGGUGAUGGACUAGAGAAAGAAACCCAGGCCAAAUUCACCCUGAAGAUCAGGACUGAUCAGAGUCAUGCCACUCAGCUGGUGGAGAUGCUUGUGGGGCGUGUCCGUCGCUUGGAGGGUGCUGGCCCAAAUACCCCACUGCCACCCCCUACUUCAGUCACAUUACCCACUGUGGUGUCACCCACUGAUAGGAUGACAUCCCCUGCAUCACUUCCUGUACUCACUGAGAAUAUGCCCGACAACCAACGUUUGUCCCAGCCCACACUCCAGACAACUGUGCCCAUGCCUAAGACAACGAGUCCCCUUCCAUACUACCUUAAUGCUCCCAACAGACCACUGCCCUCUGAGUUUUGUGUCGCAGAUGAGGGGGGGAAGGAUGAAAAUGAAGAUGAAUCUGAAUAUGAAUAUGAGGAUGAGAAUGAUGCUUCUGAGUACUCCAGCAUCACCGAUUAACCUGAUUCAUCUUGAGAGGGCAGUCUCAGACCCAAAUAAAACUAAAAACCAUAAUCCAUUAUAAAUUAAAGUAAAAUAAAGA